UGAAAGUUUGCUUGCUUUCUUUGUAACAACUUUCAAUUACAGUUCCGUGCACUCUUUAUAUAUCUAUAGCAGAUGAGAAUGCUACUUUAUAGUAAUUCUUGUUGUUGACUUUCUUCAAAUUCUUGGAUGAGUAUUUCCUCCCAUUCAAGCAUGGCCUUCUCUUCUUGUUGUUUUUGCCACAGUUUGAUCUCAUACAAGCUGCAGAGGAACAAUGCUGCAUCUUUUGCUCUUGCACCAAUUAUUAACUCUGAUCUUUCAAGUCAACAAGUUGGGGGAUCGCGAACCAAGUUACGCACUGAUUGGAGUUUUCUGGGAGGAUCAAGAAUCGUUAUUCGUCCAAAUCGUCCAAGAACACUUCUGCAAAGAAAUAUAUUCAGGGUGUCUGCCUCAUGGUUGGAAAGUUCUCAAAUUGCUACUAGUAUAUUCCCAUUGGGAACAUUAGCAGUUCUUCCCUUUUAUUUCUUCAUGGUUGUGGCACCUAAAGCUGCACUUACCCAAAAAGUGAUGGAGAGCAGCAUACCUUAUAUUGUGCUUGGACUUCUUUAUGUAUAUCUCGUGUACCUCUCAUGGACACCAGAUACAAUGCAGCUAUUAUUUCCUAAUAAAUAUUUGCUUCCAGAGCUGGAUGGUAUUGCUGAAAUGUUCUCCAGGGUGAUGACUUUAGCUUCUGCAUGGAUUCACCUCUUGGCUGUAGACCUUUUUGCUGCUAGGCAGAUUUAUCAUGAUGGAUUGGAGAAUGAUAUUGAAACCCGCCAUUCUGUGUCAUUGUGCUUGAUGUCUUGCCCUAUUGGACUAGUUUCACAUUUCAUCACCAAAGCUCUAUUCAGUAGACGUGACACAUAAUUUUAUUUACACAGGAUUGUAAUUUGACUUUGUUCAGCAAAUGAUCUGUUCGUGUAACUAACUAUCAGCAGUUUAAAUAGGUUUUCAUUUAAUGAAAGGUGACUUUCUAAGUUUGUAUUGAUGUGAUGUAACAUUAAGGCAUAUUUAGUA